AUGAACCUGGUUUCUCCUUCAUCCCAACACCAGAACCUCGUUUCCACAGCUAUCCAGCAACACACGCAGGAUCACACCCAGGCCCAGCUACAAGCCGCGCAGCAAGCAGCCCAACAGGUUGCUGCUACCGCGCAGUCGUACCGGCCACUCAACGUCAAGGACGCCUUGUCAUAUCUGGACCAGGUCAAGAUCCAGUUCCAGAACCAGACAGACGUCUACAAUAACUUCCUGGACAUAAUGAAAGACUUCAAGAGUCAAAGCAUUGAUACUCCUGGUGUCAUUGAAAGAGUCUCGACUUUAUUUAGAGGUCAUCCGAAGCUAAUUGAUGGAUUCAACACCUUUCUUCCUCAGGGUUUUGCCAUCGAGUGUUCCACUGCAGAUCCAAAUACCAUCAUUGUGACUACCCCUAUGGGUAAGACAGUUAGACAGGAUCCAGGACCGAUUCCAUACGACCCGCAGCAACGCCCCACCUCCCAGAUGGAGUAUCAGUAUUCCCAUCAGCCCCAGGCACAGUACGAGAUGCUCGGGAACGGCGCGCAGCAAGCUCCUUAUUACCGCGUGCAACAGCAACCGGCACCUCAGCCGUUGCAGCAGCAACAAGACGUCAAGCAAGGCUCUCCAGCGGAGUUCGACCAAGCCAUCAACUAUGUCAAUAAAAUCAAGCAAAGGUACGCCAACGAGCCAGAUAUCUACAAGCACUUCCUCGAGAACCUCCAGAUGUAUCAAAAGGGAAUCAAGCCAAUCGACGAAGUGUAUAGAGAGAUCUCUGUCUUGUUCAGAGACGCGCCGGAUCUGCUGGAAGACUUCAAGCUUUUCAUGCCGGAAACCACCGGUCCAGUGGUAGAGCAACCAGGGUCAUUGCAAGGACCUCAAAUGGGCGAGUACAAUAAUUAUGGCCAGGUCUACUACGAUGGAAAGCCUCCUGGUCACCUCGGCCAACCUCCUUCGCAAGGUCAGUCUCAGCCACAGUCCCAACAGUCGGCUGUUCAAUUGCCCCCUGUCGGAAGCUUCCAACCACCAACUUUCCGUCAGCCAGUUUCCCAGCUUCCUGCCAAGGAUAAAAAGAAGAGGUGGGGUUCGCAGCAACUUUCCCAGCCUAUCGCAAGCCAGAAGCCAUACCAAAUGACUCAGCCUUAUGACGAGCCUCCUGUUUCCAAUCUUCGUGCCACACUACAGCCAAGAAGACGCAAAGAUGAGAAUCCAUCGUUGCUCCCUGGUGUCCCAGAACCAGUCUUCCCAAAUACUGCAGAGUCGGAUCUGACGGACGAAAUCACCUUCUUUGACAAGGUCAAGAAAACAAUCGCCAACAAGCAGACUUACAAUGAAUUCCUCAAGUUCCUCAGGCUCUACUCGAGCGAGGUCAUUGACAAGGACACGUUAAUUGAAAAAGUGGACGGUUUCCUUGGUGGCUUCCCAGACUUGUUUGACUGGUUCAAGUCCUUUGUUGGAUGGGAGGAAAAGCCUUUGCAUAUUGAGAACAUUGCAAUCAAAAAACAGCAGCUCGAUCUCAUGAUGUGCAAAGCUUGCGGUCCUUCUUACAGAUUGCUUCCAAAGUCUCAAACCUUUAUGCCGUGCUCUGGAAGAGAUGAGAUGUGUUGGGAGGUCUUGAACGACGAAUGGGCAGGACACCCCGUUUGGGCUUCUGAAGAGUCCGGUUUCAUUGCUCACCGUAAGAACCAGUACGAAGACAUCUUGUUCAGAACCGAAGAAGAGAGACACGAGUACGACUUCUACAUGGAAGCUAACCUCAGAACGAUUCAAACUUUGGAAACCAUUGCAAACAGAUUAGCUAACAUGACUGCGGAUGAAAAGGCCAAGUUCAAGCUUCCUCCUGGUUUGGGACACACUUCUGUUACUAUUUACAAGAAGGUGAUCAGAAAAGUGUACGACAAGGAUAAGGGGUUCGAAGUCAUUGAGGCUCUGCAUGAGAAUCCGGCUGUUGCCGUGCCUGUUGUCCUUAAAAGAUUGAAACAAAAGGACGAGGAAUGGAAGAGAGCUCACAGAGAAUGGAACAAGGUGUGGAGAGAGCUGGAACAAAAGGCCUUCUACAAGUCUCUUGAUCACCUUGGUUUGACGUUCAAGCAAAUUGACAAGAAGCUUUUGACUAACAAACAAUUGGUCAGCGAGAUCUCGACCAUCAGGCAAGAGCAGGUUCAGAAGAAGUUGCACCCGCUGAUGCCAAUUCCAAAGUCGCAACUCGAUUACAAGUACAAAGACUAUGACGUGUUUAUGGACGUCCUGCAAUUAGUUGAUUGCUACUUGAAGAACAACCAAACUUACUCGCAGUACGACAAGGAGAAGGUUGAAGGGUUCUUGCGCUCUUUCAUUGCCAAGUUUUUCUUUUUGGACUCCAAAUUCAUUGAUGAGGCUGUGAAGCAAAGAACUGGCGACGAUGAGAAGGAGGUCGAAAAGGAAGAGUCUGAUGACACUGAUUCCGUCUCCGCGGUUACCACUCUGUCUCAGUCCAAGAAGAGAUCUAGGGAAAACGACUUGUUAAGAGACGUCUUGAAAAAGGUGAAGAAGCCAAAGAAGAACGACGCGGAAGACGAGUCUGACUCUGCUGCUUCUGUUCAGGCUGCACCACAAUCGGAAGAAGCUGAAGAAGUUGAAAGGGCUCAAACCAACUGGAUCACCAACGACCGUCCAAAUGUUACUUACGGUGAUGACCGUGUUGAGUACAACAUGUUUUGCAAUACCCAGCUUUAUGUUUUCUACCGGUUCCUCAACACCAUGUAUGAGAGACUGUUGGAGAUCAAGAACCUUGGUCCAGAGGUGAACAAGGAGAUCAAGUCGAGAAGAGUGACUCCUUUCGCCAAGGAUCUUGGUCUGAUCAACGACCAACUUGAAGAGAUGAACAUCAACAUCAAGGGUGACGACUCAUACAAAGAAGCUUUGGCUCUGUGUGCCAAGGUGAUUGAGGGUUCUUUGGACCAAAACAACUUCGAAGAGACUCUCCGUCAAGGAUUCAGAAACAAGGCAUUCAAGCUGUUCACUGUGGACAAGGUGAUUUCCGGACUGUUGAAACAUUGUCACAGUAUUGUGAAUGACUCGAGAUGUUCAGAGAUUGUUCUUUUGAUGGAGAAAGACCGUAACGUGUCCAGAACCACUGCUAGAGACCAAAUCAUUUACAGAAUGCAGGUUCGCAACCUGAUGUCUUCCGACGAGAACAUGUUCAAGAUCACAUUCAACAAGGACUUGAACGAGACGAGCAUCACGUUCCUUGCGCUGGACGACACCACAAUCAGAGACGACUCCAAGACUCCCGAGGAGAAGUGGAACUACUAUCUCACCAGUUACUCCAUGUCUCAUCCAACUGAAGGUAUUGACUCUGGAGCCAUUCUGCUUCCAUUUUUGAAGUCGAACGUUGAGGAGGAAGAGGACGAGGACGAGGAGAUCGAAGGAGCGGCCAACUCCAAGCUCAAGGUGAAGAUCGACAAGGAGACUUACAGACUUGUGUUUGAGCCUGGUUCGUUCGAUGUGUUUGUGCGUGAGAGUGCAUUUGCUCCAGACAGCAAGCGGUUGAGCAAAGAGUCGCGGUUGGCCAGUUUGCGCGACGCUCUUAUUGGUGAGUACGGUUUAGGAAAAGAGCUGGACGAGGGCGAGAUUGAGGAAGCCAAAAAGCGGUUUAACGUGUGGCAGGAACAAGGACCGGAGGCCUAUGUUCAAAGCGACGGCGUUGGAGAGCACUCUGUUGGGGAGACUCUGAGCACCGGCGCGGAGACGGUGAUUUCCGACACAGCACCUUCGCAGACCGACCACACGUCUGCCGAAGCAGAUAAGGGAAGCGAAGAAUGA